ACUAGUUUUACUGAUGGCUUCAAUGACUGGAAACAUUUAUCUGAACGAAUUAAAAGCCAUGAUUCUUCAAUUUAUCAUAAAAAGUCUAAUCAACAAUGGUUAGAAUUAUCAUGGCGUAUAGAUAGUGGUAAAACUUUAGACAGUGAACUUCAAAAAGAAAUUCAAACUGAAAAAGACCGCUGGAGAACAGUACUGAAAAGAAUAAUAGCUUGUAUUAUUUAUCUUGCUCAACAAAAUGACGCGUUCAGAGGAAAAAACUAUACCAUUUAUACAGAAUCAAAUGGUAAAUUUCUUAAACUUAUUAAAAUGAUAGCAAGUUUUGAUAAUCCUAUGGCUGAACACUUGAGAAAUAUAAAAAAUAAAAUAAUCCAUCAACAUUAUUUGGGACUCAGGAUACAAACUGAAUUAAUACAUUUGAUUGGAAGUAAAAUAAGGACAGAAAUCGUAACACGUAUUAAAAAAGCAAAAUAUUACACUAUUAUGCUUGACGGAACUCCUGAUGCAUCUCACAAGGAACAAUUAACGUUAAUCGUCAGAAUUGUACAGAUAACUAAAACUUAUAAUAAUGUUAAAGUUUCGGUGGAAGAAUAUUUUUUAAACUUUUUACACAUAACUUUGAAAACUGGAUUAGGAUUAUUUGAUGCUUUAAAGCAAGAGUUAUCAAAUUUAGGUUUAUGUUUAUCAAAUUGUCGUGGCCAAGAUUAUGACAAUGGUGCAAAUAUGGUUGGACAUAAGCAAGGUGUACAGGCUAGAAUUUGAAAUUAAAAUCCAAGAGCGUUAUUCUUGCCGUGUUGUGCUCAUUCAUUAAAUCUUUUAUUAGGGGAUAUGGCAAAUUGUAUUCCACGAGCUAUGACCUUUUUCGGAGUGAUACAAAGGUUGUACACUUUAUUUUCUGCUUCUACAGAGCGUUAGAAAAUUUUGAAAAAACAUUUAAAAUGUUUAACAUUGAAACAGUUGUCUGAUACUCGAUGGGAGUGCCGAUUAGAAUUUGUGAAGGCCGUGAAAAUGCAACUUAAAGAGAUAAAUGAAGCGUUAAUAGAAGUAAGUGAAUCUACAUCAAUACCGGCAAUUAAAAGUGAAGCUAUUUCUCUUGCUGAACAUGAAAUGUCUUACGAAUUUGUGCUAAAAUCAAUAAUAUGGUAUAAUUUAUUAAAUAAUAUUAAUAAAAUUAGCAAUUCUCUGCAAAAUGAAAGCAUUUCAAUUGAUUUUGCUGUAAAUAAUUUGAAAGGUCUCAAUCAGUUUUUAAAUAAGUAUCGAGAAAAUGGAUUUAAUGAAGCAAAAGAAGAAGCUAUACUUAUUUGCAAACAAAUCAAUAUAAAACCAGAGUUUAAGUCAAAAAGAAUAAGUUUAAAGAAACGAAUGUUUAAUUAUGAAAGCUCUCCUAUAUUAUGUUCAAAAAAUGAAGAAGAAACUUUUGUCAAUGAUUUUUUUUUACCAAUUUUAGAUCAAGGAAUUAUGUCUAUAAAUCAAAGAUUCACCCAAUUGGAUCAUUUUUACAAUUAUUUUGGAUUUCUCUUUGAUAUUGGUAAUUUAUCUACUGUUGAUUCAGAUACAUUGAUAAAGAGUUGCAAUGAUCUUCAGAUUCUUUUACAAACUGGUGAAAACAUGGACAUAAGUGGAACUGAGUUGUAUGAUGAGCUUUGUCUUCUUUCAGAAAUAAUAGAAAAAGGUACUCCAUCUCUUCAUGUUUUACAAAAAAUCCUUAGAAAUAGUGUUGGUGAUGUUUAUGCUAAUGUUGCUAUAGCAUUAAGGAUUAUGUUCACAUUACCAGUUUCAACAGCAACCGCCGAGAGAUCAUUCUCUAAACUAAAGUUGAUAAAAAAUUACCUAAAAACCACAUUAAAUCAGGAAAAAACGACAAACUUAGCUAUAAUAUCAAUUGAACGUGAUAUAGUAGACGAAAUGGACUUUGAUGAUAUUAUUGACACAUUUGCUGAUCACAAAUCAAGAUAAAUCAAUUUUUAAAUACUAUUAUAUGUGUACCUACAAUAAUGACAUGUUAUAUGUAUUAUUAAAUGAAACAACAAUUUAAUCAUAAUUUAUUUAUGUAUAAGUGUAUGAUGGAAAUUACAUUUUUAGAUGUGUUCAUCUAAUCAAAUUGGCACUACGAAGAGCACAUAUGAGAAUAAAAUAAAAAUAACAAUGGAAUGUUAUAUUAUUUUUGAAAUAAUACUUUAUGUAUGUUAACAUUUGAAAUGGUUGAGAUUACGACUUACGUGAGUGUAAUUUUUUGAGAGAGUUUUUUGGUAGGCCCCGCAAAUAUAGUUAUGCCCCUGGCCCCACAAAAUGUAGGGACGGCCCUGCACGGCACCGCCUUUUGCUCUAGGCUGGCGCUCACCCGUGUCUCUCUCGAUAUCAGCCGUCCAGCUAUUAAUAUGACAAUCGGUUGUCAUCGGUCGUCUCCCCGCCCUUGACACUGAGAUAAGGCCGCCGCCGAAUAUGGAUUACCGAUAUUGCGUCCUGUUUCGUUUUCGACGUUCACCUGAAGUGGUGUAUUUUCUUUGUUGUUGCGUUUUUCGGACGACUACCUUAACCGGACAUAUUUCGCCUAUGCGAACGUUUGUUUUCUUUCUGUGGUUUGUUCAGAUAUUUCCGGCUCUACCUCUUAGUGGAAAUUUCGACAAAUUGUGUUUGC